UAUUUUAACCUUACUGGUUUGCUCUGCAAUUGCUUGCAUGGUUCAAGCAGAGGAUUCUGAAGUGACUAAGGCCAUGAAGGAGUAUAAUGUUAUCCCCGAUGUAUUGACAGAGAGCGUUUCAGAAUUACUCAAGGUUACAUUUGAACAAAAUAUCACAGUAAACCUCGGAAACGAAAUUACCCCAUAUCAAACCAGAAAUCAACCCAUGCUCGAUUGGAAUGCUGAUGAGAACUCUUUUUACACGGUCCUUUGUGUUGACCCAGAUGCACCUGGUCCAGAUGAUCCAUUUAACGCACUGCUCAACACAUGGUUAGUUGGAAAUAUCCCUGGAAAAGACGUUAAGUCUGGAGAUGUUUUGUUUGAAUAUAUUGCAUCUGCAACUCCAAAAGGUGUAGGAUCCAACCGAUACGUCAUUCUUGUUUAUAAACAACCCUCAGGCAAAAUAAACUUCACAGAAAAGCGCAUUGAUAAAUUCCAUUUCGAAGGACGUGAAAAGUUUCCACUUCAAGAAUUUACAACUAAAUACGGGCUUGGUUGUCCAGUAGCUGGCAAUUUCUAUCGAACAUUUUUUGAUUUAUAUACUUUAUAUAUAUAUGGUCAGGUGCAAUGUUGUUUUGAAUUAAAUAAAUUUUAAUCAUUAACAAAAAUAUGUUCAUAA